AUGGAUAUGGGUGGUCUACAAAACAUUGUGGCCAAUCGUGGUAGUGUCGAUGGCAUGGCGGUGUCGACCAUGCGUGACAAGAAGUUUCGUGCCAAGCUCAGCCUCCCGCACAUCAAGAAGAGCGAGCACAUGAAGACCACGGUGGACUCCGGCUUCGACAGCAUGUGUGUCAAGCAGCCCAUUGGCAAGCGGCUCUUCCAGCAGUACCUGGAGCGUGAUGCAACCCACAAGAACGCCUGCGAACUCUGGAAGGACAUCGAGGAUUACAACAUCACCCAGGAGAAGUGCCGGGUGCAGAAGGCCCAGAAGAUCAUCAACAAGUUCUACGAAUCCAAGUCCAAGAUCUUUUGCAGCUUCCUGGAGGAGAAGGCUGUGACACGCAUCAUGGAGGACCACAAGAGCAUCCACGGAGACCUGUUCAAGGAGAGUGAGCAGCAGCUUUUAAAGCACCUGGAGGCCAAGGCUAUGUCCGGCUUUAAGAACAGCAUGUACUUUCUGCGUUACAUCCAGUUCAAGUGGUUGGAAGCCCAGCCCAUUGAUGAGGACUGGUUAAUGGACUUCAGAGUGCUGGGGAAGGGAGGGUUUGGGGAGGUACACGCCUGCCAGAUAAAGGCCACAGGCAAGAUGUAUGCCAACAAAAAGCUGGACAAAAAAAGGCUGAAGAAACAUAGAGGCUACGAGGGAGCGAUCGUGGAGAAACGUAUUCUGGCGAAGGUGCACAGUCGUUUUAUCGUAUCGUUGGUGUAUGCCUUCCAGACCAAGACUAACCUCUGCCUAGUUAUGACCAUCAUGAACGGAGGAGAUCUCAGGUUUCACAUGGUAUAUAAUGUGGACGAGAAGAACCCUGGUUUCGAUGAGACGAGAGCUUGUUUCUACUCAGCCCAGAUCAUCGUGGGUAUGGAGCAUCUUCAUCAGCACAGGAUCAUCGACAGGGAUCUGAAACCAGAGAAUUUGCUGCUGGAUGAUGCAUGACAUGUGCUUCUGUCUGAUUCGGGUCUUGUUGUUGAGCUUCAAACCAAAGGAUAUGCAGGCACACGGUAUGAGAUGAUCCAGGCCAAGGGCCCCUUCAGAACCAGAGGACAGAAGGUAGAAAACACUGAGGUGCAGCGGCGAAUCUUAAAUGAUGCAGUGGUGUUCACAGACAAGUUCAGCAAAGACGGCAAGGCUAUCUGUGAAGGCCUGAUGGAAAAAGAUCCGGUAAAGUGUCUUGGCUUUAAGAACAACGAGUGUGCAGCGCUCAAGGCCCAGCCCUUCUUCAAAGAACUCAACUGGGGACAUUUGGAAGCAGGAUGGUGCCCGGCACCGUUCGCCCCGAACCCCAAGGCGGUGUAUGCCAAAGACAUCCACAAAGUGGGAGCCUUUAGCUCCAUCAAGGGGGUGGUCAUCGAAGCCAAGGACAAUGAGUUCAAUGACGACUUCUCUUCUGGCAACGUGCCCAUCCCCUGGCAGGAGGAGAUGAUAGAGACAGGGGUGUUCGGAGAGCUCAACCUCUGGGCGCCAGGGGGCAAUCCGGCAGCAAACUCUCUCCAAAAGUUCAGUGAGGAUCUCUGA